GUGGUGUUGGAUGGCACCACACUUGGUUAUCAUCGCCGGUUUGCCAAGCAGCCCCAGGCUACACCGCCCACUCAAGGGAAAGAAGGAAGUAGUCAUAGUGAUCGAAUUCUGAUCAAGUCCCCACACCUCAGGGAGGCCCUGAAGAGGUAUGGGGAAGGUCUAACUGGGCAAGAUGAAUGGGCUCAACUUCUGGUGGUUGCAGAGAAGGAGGCCCCAUUUAUUUUGCCCCUUUUGAGGAAUAUGGCUGAGGAGGGCCACAUCAUCAAGCCUGAUGAACCCUACAGGGCUCUUUUCAAAGAGCUGGCUAAGGCCACGCCAGCUUGUGCUCUGUGUCAUUUGGGGCCUGAGAUGGACAGCAUUAUUAAGUGCCUCAUGACCGAGGACAAUGUGACACAGUUGUCCUCUGUCAUGAAAGCACUGGUGGACCAUCAUCACCACCCUUGGCCACUCCCCCCCCACUUAAGGCCUCCGCUGGAAGAGGUGUUGAGGGUGGCAAAGGCUCCAUUCCAGCAAGUGGCUGAAGAGGAGGACAUUAUGGAGCCUAAUGCUGGUGAUGUGGAUGAUGCCGUUUUCCCCUUCCUCCCCAUCCUGAGAGCCAGGGGUGUGUAUGAGGCGGAUAUAAGGAGGAAAAAGAUAAGGAGCUGUAAAAAGAUUUCCCCAAGGCACUUUGCCCUCAUCCCAGGAAUCUUCACAGUGCUGUGCAAGCAUGGUGUCUGCACCAGCAGCAUCAGGAGCGGCAGCAUCAUCAGGAGCAGCAGGAGCGGCACCACCAGCAGCACGAGCAGCAGCGGUAACAGGAGCAGCAGCAGGAGCAGCAGGAGCGGCACCACCAGCACAAACCAUCACAGCAAUUAUGCUCAGUUUCAUGAUUAUGACAUUUAUCCAUGUCAACAAAUCAACAUCACAUCUGGCCCACGCCUUAGCGCUUCAGCAGGUGAUUUUCUCUGGGCUGCAACUAAUGAUUAAUUUCAUUGUUAAUUUAUGAUCAAUUGAUUCAUCAAUUGUCACAGCUCUACAUAGUGGGAGGCGUAGUGGUAGUAAUCAAGAGAUCAAACAGUGGCUGACAAAACAAACACAAAAAUUUAGCACACUAAAUAGUUGCUAUAAUAUCAUUAUUGAUUAUGUUAAAGCAAGAUAUGGUAGUCAUCACAAUAUGAAGAUAGAGCUCAUACAAGAUUUUUUUUUUUAUAGUAAAAAGUAAAAGUUAUGACACCAUCGCUCAGACCAGUACAAACACCUAUACCCCUUGACAAAGAAGGUACAGAGAGAAGUACAUACAUAGUUCCCCAGAAGUGGUUGUGCCUUACCAAAUUAAACAGACAAAUUCACUGUAAUUAAUCUGUAAUUAAUGUUCUGUGUUGCCUUCUUGUGUAUAAUAAAGUGUAUUUUUCCCA